AUGGAACGCAAGAAGCUUUGCUGCGGGAUGAGCGGCCGGAAGCUGACACUUAUCAGCCUCUUCCUGCUGGUGACUGCCAUGUGUGUGGGCCUCAUCGCUGUCCUGGCUACCGUGCUCAGCGCUAGAGAGUCUGAAGAGGAGCUGAAGCCCGAAGAGAGUUCUUUCCUCAUCGGUGUGGGCAGAGCGGACUGCACCGGGCCGAUCGCAGAAGUGCCCCUGAUGGGGUACGCCAAUGCGGACCAAACGGCGAGAGGCCUCCACACCCGCCUCUACAGCCGCGCCUUCAUUGUGGACGAUGGCCGUAAGCGGGUGGUGUUUGUGAGUGUCGACAUUGGCAUGGUCUCCCAGAGGCUGAGGCUGGAGGUAAUGAAGGAGCUCAAGUCCACGUACGGCGACCUGUACGGACAGGACAACGUGGUCCUGAGCGGCACCCAUACCCACUCUGGUCUGGCGGGGUACUUCCAGUACACCCUUUUCAUGAUCACCAGCAAAGGCUACAUCAAGCCCUCAAUCCAGGCCAUCGUAAACGGCAUCAUGAAGAGCAUCGACAUUGCUCACUGGAACAUGAAGCCCGGGAGGAUCUUUGUGAACAAGGGGGAGAUAGUCGGCAGCAACCUGAACAGAAGUCCGCAGGCUUACCUGAACAAUCCCGUGGAGGAACGCAGCAGGUUCAAAUCCAACACCGAUAAUCAGAUUGUAGUUCUGAAGUUCACGGACAAAGACGGCUACGGCGUGGGAAUGCUCAGCUGGUUCGCUGUUCAUUCUGUCAGUAUGAACUACACCAAUCGUAUGGUGAGUUCGGACAACCUGGGUUAUGCCUCCUACCUCUUUGAGCAGGACAAGAACACAGGAUGCCUACCUGGAGAGGGGCCAUUUGUGGCAGCCUUCUCCUCCAGCAAUGAAGGAGAUGUUUCUCCAAACACCAAGGGCCCUUACUGUGUCAACACAGGGGACUCCUGCGACUACCUCAACAGCUCCUGCCCAGUCGGUGGGACCAACAUGUGCGUCGCCUUCGGUCCAGGAAUUGACAUGUUUGAAAGCACACGGAUUAUUGGAGAAAGUAUUUACAGUAAAGCCAAGGAGCUCUACGGGAACAUGACGCAAGAACUGCGAGGGUCUGUCCACAGCGCCCAUCAGUGGGUCAACAUGUCCGAUGUGACCGUUCAGAUCAAUGCCACGCACACGGCUAAGACCUGCAAAGCAGCCCUGGGCCACAGCUUUGCUGCUGGGACAAUCGAUGGCGGAGGAAGCCUCAAUUUCACACAAGGGAUGGUUGCUGGGGACCCAUUUUGGGACGGCAUUCGAGAUGCUCUCCUGGGCAAGCCGUCGAAUGAAACCCAGGAAUGCCACCAACCCAAACCCAUCCUCUUCAGUACUGGAGAGAUGCAAAAACCCCUUCCAUGGCACCCCGAUAUUGUGGACGUCCAGAUCAUCACUAUUGGGCCCCUCGCCAUUGUGGCCAUCCCUGGAGAAGCAACGACCAUGUCAGGACGAAGGAUUAGAGAGGAAGUUAAGCAGGAACUGGAGAAGCAGGACAGCUUUGCCAAUGCAGAGGUUGUGAUCGCUGGCUUGUCCAACAUAUAUACACAUUACAUCACCACCUACGAGGAGUACCAGGUGCAGCGCUAUGAGGGGGCCUCCACCAUUUACGGCCCCCACACUCUCUCCGCGUACAUUCAGCUCUACCGCGGUCUGGCCAAAGCCAUCGCCGAGGACAAAGAAGCUGAGCUUCCCAAGGGUCCGGAACCUCCGUUCUUCUCAGACAACCAGCUCUUCUCCUUCCUGCCCCUUGUGCUCGCUGAUAAAAAGCCCCCCAACACCACUUUUGGGGGGGUGCUGGAACAGGUCCUGCCGCACUACAGGACGGGAGAAGUCGCUUCGGUGACAUUUGUCAGCGGAAAUCCCAGGAACUCUGGAGACACGAGGGAUAAGACCUUCGUCACAGUAGAGAAGUAUGACAACAGGACGCAGUCAUGGAACAUAGUCCAUACAGAUGCCGCUUGGGAGACAAGGUUUCACUGGGUGAAGGGCAACGGCGCUCAGAGCAACGCGACAGUCGAGUGGCACAUCCCCGUCACCGCGGCUCCCGGCUCCUACAGGAUCCGUCACUUCGGCCACUUCAAGGAGAUGCAGGGCCUGAAACCAGUUAUAACGCCCUACCAGGGGACGUCGGAUGUGUUCACUGUCUCCUGA